AUGUUCAGCACCCUGCUGCAACCGGGUACGACGAUCACUCUGCCAGAAGUGCAGAUGGACGGCUACUUGCAACGGGCCUUUGCUGUGGCGGUCAAGGUUGCCACUAUCAGCGUUGGGAUUACCGUAUCUUCCAGCAGCGAGCUGAAGUAUGAGCGAACAGCGCUCAUGGAAGAAGGGGUCACUCCAUGGCUUGACCGAGACCACAAGUAUCUGGACGUGCCG